AUGAUAAAUACUACGGAUUCAAGUGAGUUAUUCAACGUGAAUAAUAUUAUAAUAGAGCGAAGAAAACUCGCGAAGGGGUUGUUUGAUCGAGCGGACUCCUCUAAACAUCCCCAACUACAACAUAGCGCGUCGUCAUUAAAGAUUACUCCUUGGCCCCUCACCACUGGACAUGACAGCCCGGGCAGGGUUCCAGGAUAUCUUAGCAUUGCUCCUCGGUUCACUUCACCUUACAACCACGACUUCUGUCGGCUGCGCGCUGUGAAUAGAGCCCUUCUCCCAGCCUUCACUGAGGCCUAUUCUCCCGGCACCGUACCACCCUGUAUCAACAGGGUGCGACCUCAUACACCAACCGAAGGCGGCUCCACACACAGCACUAUCCACGACGGAAAUUCAACAAAAAACAAAACAAAGGCCUUGUCAAUUAAACCGAUUCCUUCCAUACAAAUAAAAAUAUUUGUUGGUCAGAUGGAUGUGGUUAGAUUCUAA